AUGUAUGCACAAGGACCAGACCUGAACCAAGAGAUGAAGCCCAAGCCUUAUGGAGAUGAAAAGCUUAUCAAGGAGAACAAACUAGACCAGAAGCCAGCACAAGGAGAUUUCAAACCCUUACAGCUCGAAUCAACCAACCAGGAGCAUGAUAGAGGAGUCAUCACGUGCUUGCUCCUCAAGGAAGAACCACCUGAUGCAUCCUUACGAGUCCCAGCAAGCAACGAGCAAACCAUGACCCAAGGUAAUCUUCCAAACCCUCAAAGAAUUCGAAAUACUAACUUGACUUAUCUCCGUGCAGAUCCUACAAUUUUGAGGACAAAAUUCAGUCAAGGGGGAGGGUAUGAUAAGGUCAUCAGACCAGUAGCUGAAUUGGAGCUCCAUAAAACGUACCACACAAGCCGCAUAGGAGUCGACAAAGACACAUUUACCUUUUCUGGAGCAUAUUGA